GCCGACUAUCCCCGAUACCCUAGUCCUGGGCUCGUUUGCGUCAGUGUUUCUCCGUCACGGCAGUCUUCACGGCAGUCAACAACAUGCCAUAUCGGGUGCUGUAGGGACCGAGCCCGGAACUAUCAAACAAUAUUCAGUUCUAGCCUGCCGCUUCCAAAAACUUGAUAACUACCACCGGGCCCCUCUGCAUGAGUUCCAACUGAGACCAGCACUUGUGGCCUCCACACACCGCCGUUUUUCUGACCGCCUCCCCACAAACCGACACAAUGGCCGGCGGGGUGAAGAAACCCGUAAAUGUGUUCAAGUUGAAGAACUUGGACGUGCCCGAAGGAGUCUUCAAUUGGAAGCUUUGGUUUGCGGUCCUCUCCUUCUCGCUCCUGGGCGCCGCCCGUGGCGUCGACGAGGGCCUCAUCAGCGGCGCUUUCAACAGCCAGCACUUCCAGCAGACCAUCAACUACAGCUCGUACAGCAAGGUCGAGCAGGCCAACAUCAAGGCCAAUGUCUCAGCCAUGGUUCAAAUAGGCUCGGUUGGAGGCGCGCUCAUUGCGUUUCUCAUUUGCGACAGAAUCGGCAGAAUCUGGGCCACUCGUCAACUAUGCCUCCUGUGGAUUAUUGGUAUCGCCAUCUUCAUGGCGUCCAACGGAAAUCUCGCUGCCGUCUACGCAGGCAGGUUCAUCGCAGGUCUCGGCGUGGGGCAGACGCCCGUCGUUGGGCCCGUUUACAUUGCAGAAAUCACCCCUGCGAGUAUCCGGGGUCUCUGUACUUGUCUCUUUACCGGCUUCGUCUACCUCGGCAUCGUCCUUGCCUACUUCACCAACUACGGGUGCCAGAUCAACUUGGGCGACACUACCGCCGUGCGAUGGCUCGUCCCGACCAGCCUUCACAUCAUGUUCUCGGGUCUGAUCUGCCUCCUCACUCUCUUCCAGUCCGAGUCCCCCCGCUACCUCAUCAUGAAGGACCAGCAUGAGAAAGCCCUCAAGACCAUGGCCCGUCUGCGCAACCUACCCCCAGACCACGAGUACGUCGUGACCGAAAUCAGCGCCAUCACCGCCGCCCACCGCGAAGAGACCGAAGCGACCAAGAACACCGGCUGGCUCGGCAUCCUCCGGGAGGCCUUCCUGGACCCGAGCAACUUCUACCGCGUGUCGCUCACCAUCGCCGCACAAAUCCUGUCCCAGUGGUCCGGCGCGGGCUCCAUCACGCUCUACGCGCCCGACCUGUUCCACCUGCUGGGCAUCGCCGACACCAACACCAACCUGCUGGUGACGGCCGUGUUCGGGCUGGUCAAGCUGGUCGCCGCCGUCAUCUGCGCGCUCUUCCUCGUCGACGUCAUCGGCCGCAAGCGCUCCCUCCUGAUCGGCAUCACCUUCCAGGCCAUCUCCAUGGUCUACGUCGCCGGCUUCCUGACCGCCAUGCCCCAGCUGAGCAUCCACAAGACCGACAGCCCGGAGAAGCUUGUCGGGUCUGAGCUGGCUGCCUCCCGCGGUGCGGUGGCGAUGAUUUACCUGUCGGGCUUCGGGUGGGCGUUGGGGUGGAAUAGCAUGCAAUACCUCAUGACGGCAGAACUGUUCCCGCUGCGGAUUAGGGCGUUUUGCACGUCAUUGGCGAUGACGUUCCACUUUGCAAACCAGUACGGCAACGCGAGGGCUGUGCCGAACAUGCUGUUGCAUACUGCCGAUGGCGGCAUCUCGCCGCAAGGGACGUUUUGGUUCUUCGCCUCCGUCACGAUCCUCGGCGGCUUUUGGGUGUGGUUUAUCAUGCCGGAGACGGCGGGGAGGAGCUUGGAGAGCAUGGAUCGGCUGUUCAGCCUGCCGUGGUACAAGAUUGGGAGAUAUGGUAAUCGCGAGGCGGAUAUGGAGGAUGAGAGGGAGAGGCGCAAUGGCAAGUUGGACGACAUGGGGGUGGCCGAUGAAGUUGAGAUGACCGCGGCAAGGACUCAGGGAGAUGGCCACAGGGUGUGAUGCCCCCGCGGCUCAGCUUCAAGACGGUGUCUUGAAACUCAAGCUUGGUUUGAAUCAUUCGGACAUGCGUGUGAUACCCGGGUAGCUAGGCGCCUAGAAACUACUCCAAGUUUGUUCAUCUCACCGUCUUCUCAUAAUCCCGCAAUGCCCGCGUUGUGUUUCUACCAAAUUGUGUACUGCACUAGUGCAUAACAAUUCGUCUUACUUCACAAAGUUAUGCCCAACCUUGUUACCUCGGAUUGAGCGCAGAUGGUGCGAUUUACUUGAUAUUUUGGUCUCGACAAACCCCGAAAUUAUUCAAAUGCACAAGCUCAAGCCGACGGCUGUGACUGGGGCCUUCGAAUACAGACAAGAGGGUGAUGGUGGCUGCCUGAAAGCACAAGUCCCUCAUCACAGAGC